AUGAUCAGUAACUACCAAUCUGCUGAGUUUCCCCCCUCUGCCGAUGUUGUUAUAAUCGGUUCCGGGUUGUCUGGUGCUCUCAUCGCCCACCAGUUGCUCAGUUCCAGCUCACCAAACAGACCAAAGUCUGUAGUCAUGCUGGAGGCCCGCAACGCAGCGAGUGGUGCUACUGGAAGAAACGUACUUACAAUGCUCUGUUUAGGCGGCCAUAUAAAACCCGAUUGUUAUCGUGGCUUCACAUCGUACUCUAUUCUACAUGGUACUGAUGUUGCAAAGGCUCAGUGCGAAUUCGAAGCCGUCAACUAUCAAGAAACCGCAAAAUUCAUCCAAGAGAAUAAUCUAGCUACGGAAGUUGACCUGGUACAGUACCGCUCAGCCGAUGUCUACCUGACCCCAGAGUCCUGGAAAACCGGGUUGGCUUCGUACAAUGGCUUCAAAGAAGCUGGCGGCGAUGUCUCCGAUAUCCACGUACUCAGUAAAGCAGAAGCGGAGGAGUCUCUACGCGUCAAGGUUUGCUAUGGAGCAAUCACUUUCCCGGCUGCCAGUCUGUGGCCAUAUAAACUCGCAAUCGCUGUUUUACGCAAGGGGCUCGACUUAGGACUAAGUCUUCACACCAAUAUUCCUGUCACGGGUGUAUCUCCCAGCACCUCAGGGCCUUGGGAGGUCUCAACACCCCGAGGGAUUAUCAUGGCAAACAAGGUCAUCCAUGCAACCAAUGGCUAUUCUUCGUACCUCCUGCCUGAGCUUGAUGGGCGAAUUAUCCCCUUCAAAGGUCAUGUUUCUGCCAUCGCUCCCCCACCGGCUUAUAUGGACCAGCCUCUAACGACCUCUUUUGCUUUCAUAUCCAAUGACAACUACGACUAUCUCAUACAAAGACCAAAUCCUGAAAAGUACCUGAUCUGGGGCGGUGGCGAGGUUGCUCAUCCCAAAGGUCUCUCAGGCGGCUUCGGUGACUGCGAUGACCGUCAGGUCGUGUCUGAAGUCGAGUCCUACAUUUUGAAUGCACCAGUUGAAAUAUUCAGAGAUUGGGAAGACUCUAGGUCAUCUUCUGGGACUAGCCCUGAAGGUGCCGUGGCAUUCUCCUGGAGUGGCAUCAUGGGCCUGAGUAAGGAUCUUCUUCCAUUUUUGGGAGAGCUUCCAGGCAAACCUGGCCAAUACCUAGUUGGUGGAUAUCACGGACAUGGGAUGGCCCGCAUCUUUCUGAGUUACCUAGAGAUCAUGGAUAACAUAGCAUAG